AUGGCCUCUCAAUCAACUGCAAUUAGGCGUGAAAGUAGCACAGUUAGUUUGAAGAAAACUCCAAAUGAUUUUGUUUUUGGUCGUCAGAUUGGUGAGGGAUCCUUUUCCACUGUUUAUUUGGCAAGAGAAUUAGAAUCUGGAAAAGAGUAUGCAAUUAAAGUUUUAGAAAAAAAUCAUAUUAUGAGAGAAAGGAAAAGUGGUUAUGUUAUGAGAGAAAAACAGGUGUUAUUAAAGUUAAACCACCCUUUCUUUAUCAGAUUAUACUGCACAUUUCAAGAUCCAGACAGGCUUUAUUUUGUGAUGAGUUAUGCUAGUCGAGGGGAAUUAUUGAAAUAUUUGAAUAAAUUAGGAUGUUUUGAUGAAAGAUGUUCAAGUUUUUAUACAGCAGAAAUUGUCUCAGCUCUAGAACAUUUGCAUGGGUUAAAAAUUAUUCACAGAGAUUUAAAACCAGAAAAUAUACUAUUAAAUGAUAAGAUGCAUAUACUAAUAACUGAUUUUGGUUCUGCUAAAAUUUUAGAAGAUACUGAAGUCAAUAAUGGUAUAAAUUCAUUUGUUGGAACAGCUCAAUAUGUUUCACCUGAAGUUUUAAGUAGUAAACAAGCUUAUUAUAGUUCAGAUUUAUGGGCUCUUGGUUGUAUCAUAUACCAAUUUCUUUCUGGUUUACCACCGUUCAGAGGAGGACAUGAAUAUCAAAUAUUCCAGAAGAUAAGUAAACUAGAUUAUGAGUUUCCUGAUGGUUUUAGUGAUGUUGCUAGAAAUCUUGUUGAGCAGUUAUUAGUAUUGGACCCUACUAGAAGAUUAGGAUGUACAGAUAUGGGUGAUUAUAAUCCUUUAAAAAACCAUGAGUUUUUUACAUCAAUAGACUGGGAAACAUUACCAGACACGGACCCACCUACUUUAUUACCAUUUUUACCUGCUGCUCAUGGUAACCCAGAUCUCUGGAGCAAUAAAGAGUUCAAAUUUGAGAUAUUUUCGACUGUUAGAAGCAGAGUUAUAGCCCUUGCCCCAAAUCUACUCUUUAAGUUUUCAAACGAUUUUGAUUUUAUAUUUAUUAUGUAUAAUGGAAGAUUUUAUGUUUAUUAUAGUAUAACAGAAGACGAGAGAAGACAAAGAUUAGAAAAACAAGCUAGAGAAAAUGAGUAUCAUAAAUUUGUUGAAGGGAAUCUAAUCAUUAAACAAGGUCUUAUUGAUAAACGAAAAGGUUUAUUUGCUAGAAGAAGGAUGUUUCUUUUAACGGAAGGACCUCAUUUAUAUUAUGUUGAUCCAGUACAUAAAGUAUUAAAAGGCCAAGUUCCCUGGUCAGAUCAUUUUAAGCCAGAAGCCAAAAAUUUUAAGAUAUUUUUUGUGCAUACACCAAAUCGCACAUAUUAUUUAGAAGAUCCACAAUCUAGAUCUGAAGAAUGGGUGAAGAAAUUGGAAGAAACUUGGCAAAGAUAUUAUGGUGCAAGGAAAUAA